AUGGAUUUACCAUCAGAAAGCAUGUACGACACAUUCAAAGACGACAUCUGGGGAGAGCUGGGACCACUGGACCAUGACUGGUUUGAUGUACUGACAGCUCAGGCAGUCAAAUCUGAGGGAAAUUUCUCUGAUCAAGAUGACUUGUGUGCAUUCAAAGAGGGAAACUUUAAAACACCCUUUGAUGAAACUGCUGUGGAGAGUCAGUUGUUUUCAACCCCUAAAGUUUUCAGACACAGACGAGUUGUGUCACCUGAAGCCAAGGAUGAGCAGUCUUUCACUGCUGAACCAGAAAAAGAAACACUGCCAUGGACAAGAAGUCCAUAUAUUCAGAUUUCAAAGGAGGGGGUGCCAGGUUCAAAAUAUGAAGGUGUCCAUCCUCAGGCUGAGGAAAGUUUUGAUCUGCUUCAGACACCACACAAAUCCCCAGUCAGCUAUGCAAAGCAUAUAUCUGAAAGUCUUGGUGCACAAAUUCAUUCCGAUAUAUCAUGGACCAGUUCUCUGAAUACCCCAUCAGCAGUGCCUUCCACCCUGAUUUUGUCUAAAACUGAUGAGAGUCCCUGCCCAGUUAAUCUUUUUGAGGACCAAAGUGUUGUUUUUGUACGGAAGCUUUUCCCCUCACUUUCAAAUGCAUCCAGAGUUGGAACUGUGUCACCAAAACACAGUGACCUUAUGCCUCCCAUGAUUCAAGAAGGUGCUGAAUCUCCUGAGGCUGGUCAGAACCCAGAGCCUCACAACUCUCCUUCUCACAGUUCACAUAUCCAGAGUGAUGUCUGGAAACAGAAGCUACCAGAUGCUAUUGAGGAUGGAGAAAUUUGCAGCACUGUAGCAAAUGUUUUUGAUGGAGCUGAAAAUGUUCUUUCAGUAUUUUUCUCCAACAGCAGUUCAGCACUUAGAAAAGUGAAAACUGACAGAAUAAAAAGGAAGCAAAUCAUUUCAGCAAAAGAACCUGGCUGCAGCUCCACACACAUCUCCACAAAGAACACGGCUGCGUCCAGUGGACAAAGAACACCUGAUCGGCAGCCAUGCAGAGCUCCUUUAUCCCCACACUUGAAAAGUCCAGUGAAAACUGGAGACAUAGGAACCACUCAGUGGUCUCCAUUGAGUUUAUCUGAAAUACCAAACUCUACUGUGGAUAUUUCUUGCCAUAAUAAUAGUCCUGCUGCACAAGUGGAAAACAACUGUUUAAAAAAACAACUACAGAGUGACUCUGAUUGUAGCCAGCUUGUCAGACCAUCCUUGAAAAUCUCAGAUUCUGGAUUUAUCAAGAAAAAGAGACAAUUUGUUUACACUGUGAAAUCUUCAAAACCCCAAGUGCAAGAAAAGGAAAUUCAUUCUCAGAAGAUUGACCCAUCACCAGCGCAAGAAUCGAAUGUUAAGUAUCUGCCAAAUGCCCAAGAUAAAGGGGACUGUUGCAACAUCCACAAUAAAACCUUUGAUGGGAAGAAUGAGAUGCAACAACUGGAAAAUGUCACUGAAGAAAAUCUGCCUCCCUCUGUACAAGCAAAAGUCCAGGAUGUCGAAAUGUCGCAGCUUUGCAUAGCUUUUGCACAAGACUUCACAGAGGAUACUCCUCAAAAUGGUUUCUCUCCAUCAGCUUGUCUGUCAGCCUUGAAACAAGCUAAGCACAAAGCAAGGCAAGCAAGCCUUCAACAUGACUGUGAUGGCGUCAGAAGACAUCUUUCUGCCACUAACCAAAAUAACUCCAUCAAUGAGAAAACAAUAUGUGACAGUGGAUUCCAGUCUGCUGUGGCUGAUAGCACUCAUAUGACUGCAUUUUCUGCUCUCCCCACCUCAGAGAAAGAGGGUCAAACUCAACAGUGGACCACUCCUUUUCAGCCUACAACUAAAGGAAACCGGAAAGUACAUUCAGAGGAUAUUUUACAUGGAGCUGAAACUGACGCCAGCCUGUCUUUUGUAGUAAAGGAAAACCAGACAUUGGACCUUGGCAGAGAGAGCAAGCCUCAAACAAAAAUCACAUUAACACUUCCACCCAGCAGUGGAAAAGGAGCAGUCGAUAAUGUUAAUUGCAUUCCAGUCAUUGGUCAAGUUCAUGGCAGCCUGCCAGAGAAAACAAUUGUUUCUCUCCCGUCUGUCCAUGCAUCAGGAUUCAAAACAGCCUCAAAUAAGGGUAUAAGAAUAUCCUCAGCCAACCUGGAGAGAGCCAAACGUCUCUUUGAAGAGAGUGAACGUGAAAGGCUUAGUGAUCAGCCCACCAAAUGUGGUCAUGACACUAAAGAUGAAACUCAUGGAUCUGUGAAAACAAAAACUUUUUUCUCAAACCAUCCACUUUCAUCAAGUGAAACAUUCAGGGACAUCAAUUGCCAAUUAACAGCUUCACAAAAAGCUGACGUGACAGAACUGUGCAGUCUAUUGGAAGAAGCAGAUAGCCAGUUUGAAUUCACACAGUUAAAAAUUGCAACGCCAAAUCAACAAUGUCAAGAUAAUGCCACCUCUCCCCAAAAAGCUGACAAAGAACUUGACCCUGAUUUUCUUUCAGGCAUAGAUUUUGAUGAUAGUUUUAGUUCAGAUGCUGAAAAGCCUGUGCCAACAACAAUGAUGCCUGGAAAAAUGGCCUUAGUUUCAGACAAAACAAAUCCUGACACAAGUAAGUCAGCAGAAAUGCCAUUCUCAGGUGGAAUGAAGAAAGAAAACUUCUCUUCUGGAAAUGUACCUUCCUUUUCUAAGAACAUCGCUGAAGGUAGUAGUUUUAUUAUGUCAAGUGAAAAUCUUGACAGAGCUGAACAAGAUGACAAAAGCAUGCCAAACAACAAAAAUCCUUUGACACUUGGUGUGGGAUUUAAAACUGCAGGAGGAAAUGUUUUGAGGGUUUCAAAAAAGUGUCUGAGCAAAGCUAGAGCUUUGUUUGCAGAUUUAGAGGAGAAUCUUGUUACAGAUAACAAUCCACCAGACAAGCAAAAUUGUGAAAAAUAUAGCAAAGCAGAACACAAGGACAGUGUGGAUAAUAACUUUUUACCUCAUAAAAAGGAUAAUUCGAAGCUCACCAGUUACAGGAAUGAUACUAUGGAGAAGAGCUGCUUUUCCAGCAUGGAGUCAGUCUGUUCAGACAUUCAGGUCUCAGACAUGAGAGAUGAUGUUUCAAAAGGUUUUGAAGCCAACAAAAUGGACACAGCCGCAUGUCAAAGCGGGUUCCAGAUGGUCAGUGGGAAAGGCAUUUCUAUUUCAACAAAAGCAAUGCAAAAGGCAAAUGCUCUCUUCAAAGACUGUGAUGAUGUGGAUAGUAGUGGUAGCACUUUGGUAAAACAUAAGAAUAGUAUAGAAACCUUGCCUCGAAGUUUCAGCGAUGAGAAAAACCUUUCAAAAUGUGAAAGUCUUAAUGGGAUCAAAGUAAACUUUUCUGAAGAACCUGUCAAAAGACACACAGAGUUAGAAAAUGUAAAUUCUGAACCAUCUGUACACCUUACUGAGGUUCUACAGCAUAAUAUGGAGAUUGACAAGUCUUCUUUUCAUGGAAACCAGUCUUCAACUGCAAAGACGCCUUCUCCCUUGUGCACAACACCAAAUAAUAUUGGCUCCUCUGCCACCGAUGAUUUGAGCGUUGGUGGUUUCUGUACAGCCAGCGGGAAGAAAGUAUCUGUAUCAGUUAACGCAAUGACAAAAGCGAAGUGUCUUUUGAAUGAAAUUCAGACACACAAAGACACAGGCCAGCAAAUGAAACAAAAAGAAAACUCUUCAAGAACCGGUCGUUUCACCAAUCAGCCAAGUGGCUUUAAGACUGCUGGUGGAAAAGGAGUUGUUAUUUCAUCUGCAGCUCUUAAGAAAGCAAAAUCUUUGAUUGAUGAGUACGAUGGAGUUGAGGAUGAAGUCAGUGGAAAUCAAAAUUAUUCUAAGAUUCCAGUCCAUGAUUCACCACCCAGAGGUAGUGGAUUUCUUGCAGCCAGUGGUAAGCCAGUAGCAUUUUCAUCUGAGGCCCUCCAGAGGGCUAAAGCUCUCUUUGAUGACAUCAGUUCCAGUUCAGAGAUCCCAGCUGUUUCAGUUAGGAAGAAUGAUAAGAAACAAGAAAAUGCCCAAAACAAAGAAAAACUACAUUGUGGUUUCUCAACAGCAGGAGGAACAAUAAUCUGUGUGUCACAGCAACAUCUGUUGAAAGCAAAAAAUCUUUUGAAAGAAUUUGAUGAUGAUGAUUCUAUGUCAGUUAAAGCAAUGCAAGAGACUGAUGCUUCCUUUAAAGACUGUGAUGUUAAGGAAAGUAAUGAUGACAUGUCAGUAAAACAGAAAAGUAGUGAAAGUGUCAAGAAGAAGAAUAUCUUCCCAACAUUUAAAAAUGUUCCAGGGGUAACAGUAAAUGUUUCUGAGGAGCCUGUCAGUGGAUACACAAAGUUUGAAAAUGUGAAAGCUGGACCAGAUGUACACCAUGAAAAGAUGCUCCAUUACGAUGAUGUGGAGAUUCACAAAGGUGUUUUUAAGAACACACUGGCUUUGAGUGAUGCACCUUUUUUACAUGCAAACUCAUAUUUGAUGGCAAAGCCACUUUACUUGCCACCGUGUACAAUAGCAAAGAAGCUUGGUUCCUCUGCUGUUGAUGAAUUGAGCAAUGAUGGUGGAUUCUGUACAGCCAGUGGAAAGAAAGUGUCGGUGUCAGAUGAUGCAAUGGUAAAAGCAAAGUCUCUGCUAAAUGAAAGUGCUACUUUUGAGGACACAAACAGACAACUGAAACAAAAAGAAGGAACACCACAAAAUGUUGGAUUUCAGACAGCCAGUGGCAAAGGAGUCGCCAUUUCAUCAGCAGCUCUAAUGAGGGCAAAAUCCCUGUUGAGUGAAUGUGAUGACGAUGCUGAUAAAACCAGUGCAAGACCACCGCAUUUCAAGAUGCCGUUUCCUGGUCCACCACCCAAAAAUAGUGGAUUUCUUGCAGCCAGUGGUAAGCCAGUAGCAUUUUCAUCUGAGGCCCUCCAGAGGGCAAAAGCUCUCUUUGAUGACAUCAGUUCCAGUUCAGAGAUCCCAGUUGUUUCAGAAACAAGGAAGAAUGAUAACAAGCAAGAAAAUACUCAAAAUAUAGAAAAACUACAUUGUGGUUUCUCAACAGCAAGGGGAGCAAUAGUCCGUGUGUCACAGCUAAAUCUGUUGAAAGUAAAAAAUCUUUUGAAAGAAUUUGAUGAUGAUUCUAUCUCAGUUAAAGCAAUGCAGGAGACCGAUGCCUUCUUCAAAGACUGUGAUGUUGAGGACAGUUUGAACACAGACAUCCCAGCUGUUUCAGACACAUUGAAAAGUGAGAAGAAACCAGAAGAUGCUCAAAAUAAUGAGGAAAAAACACAUUGUGGCUUCACAACUGCAGGAAGAACAAAAGUCCAAGUGUCACAGAAAUAUCUUUCGAAAGCAAAGAAGCUUUUGAGAGAAUUUGAUACUGAUUCUGUUCAAGUAAAAGAUGGUUUGGAGUGUCCUGAUUCAAACUCAUACUCAACAGUCCUAAUUGACACUCACAAUCCAGGUCUAUCAAAAGAUGUGAAAAGAACCUCAAAUUACAUUCUUUCAACAACCUGUAACAAGAACAUUCUUGCUGAGAAAAGUGCCCCCCAGAUUGUUAAAUCUCACCUUUCUUACCGAGCGACUGACAGUGAAAAUAAAAUCCUUCAAAAUUCAAGUGUACGUGGUUGUAACUUUAUCAAAGAGAAGGCAGUUACAGAUACGUUUAAGUUUAAAGAGGACAAAUUUGUUAUCUCUGGGGUGCUUAAUCCCCGCGGAGAGACUAGGCCAGACAUGAUGGGCUACGAAAUAAAGCAGACAAGCAGCAGUAAGAAGCUGGAGUUCAAAAGGACAGAAGGGUCUUCAGUUCUAAACUUUCAGUCACUCAACCUCAGUGGCUGCACAGAAGCCCAGCAGAAGUUUCUUGCCCAGGAAGCUUUGGACUGCACUAAAGCUUUGUUAGAAGACGAAGGUCUAGCUGGCCAAAGUCUCUCAAUGACUUUUGAAAAUAUGCCACAGCAAGAUAACCCAAAAUCCAGCAACGAAUGUGUAGAGGAGCAGAAAACAACAGGGAAGAGAUUGGCAAAGGAUACUAAUAUGACUGGUCAGCCUCCCCCGAAAAGACGAUUACUAGAUGAAUUCGACAGAACUGUUAGUAGUCCAAGAGGAUCAACACUUCAGCCAGAAAAAAGCUGUCCAACUGGUGUAAUGAAAGACAGGAGAGUUUUCAAGUACAGCGUCUCUCUUCAUCCAAACAUCACAAGGCCAAACAGGGAUGGAAAAAACGACAUGGUAACCAGUUUGCAGCAGGCAACACCACACUCAUCCCCAGGUGACAGAAAAUCCACUCAUUCCAAGAUACCAGCAUUUGUUCCUCCAUUCUUGAAGAAUUCAAAGAUGGAGACUCACAAGAAUAACAUGGUCAAGGACAACAUAAGAACACCUGUGUUUGUUCCUCCGUUCAAAAAACAAAGAACUAUUGUCCAAGAGAGCUCUAAACCACACGAGGAGGAGGAGAAACACCACAGUGUCUCUGUAAUGCCCUCAAACAGCAACACUUUUGUACCACCCACUAAAAAGACAAGCAGACAAAGCACUACAGAUGUAACUGGUAAUAAAAGCACAGAAGUUACUCAUACAGUGGCCUUGGCUGAUAACACAAAGGAUGAUCUUGUGGAAAAUCGUAAAAGUCCUGUUGGCUAUAGAACAGAGGAUUCUGCUGCAGAGGCUUCAGGUGUGGCGGACACAUUAUCCAGAAGUCAAGAAAUUCAGACUCUUCAGAACAUAGAGCUGGCACGAGAUAUGCAAGACAUGAGGAUCAGGAAGAAGAAGCGCCAGACUAUCCGACCUCUGCCAGGGAGCCUAUUUCUAACCAAAACUUCAGGAGUGUCAAAGAUCCCACUAAAAGAUGUGGUGAAUGGAAAGCCCCCUACAAAAUACACCCAAAAACAGCUGUACGGAUAUGGAGUGCAUCAGCAUGUGUCUGAGAUCACCAGUGAGAAUGCACAGUCGUUUCGCUUCAGUAUACAGCAGUUCCUCAAACGGGAAGCAUUCAUAGAUGAAGGUGGUGUUCAGCUUGCUGAUGGCGGAUGGCUGAUCCCAAGCAAGAACGGGACUGCAGGGAAAGAAGAGUUCUAUAGAGCUUUAUGUGACACCCCAGGUGUGGAUCCUAAACUGAUCAGUGAGGAGUGGGUGUAUAAUCACUACAGGUGGAUUGUGUGGAAGCAGGCCUCCAUGGAAAGAUCCUUUCCAGGAACAAUGGGCAGCCUCUGUCUCAACCCAGAGCAAGUUCUCCUACAACUCAAAUACAGAUAUGAUGUUGAGGUGGACCACAGUCGCAGGCCAGCUCUGAGAAAGAUCAUGGAAAAGGACGACACAGCUGCAAAAACCAUGGUUCUCUGUGUUUGCGGGGUCAUCUCUAGGGGUCACUACCCAACCAGACAAAGUCACAAUGAUGCCAAGACUCCACACAGUGCUGAUGCAAAGGCUGAAAAUCCAUGUGCAGUUGUUUGGCUGACAGAUGGAUGGUACACCAUUAAAGCCCCACUGGAUGAUCCCUUGACUGCCAUGCUUCACAAAGGUCGACUGGCUGUUGGUGGAAAGCUGAUCAUUCAUGGGGCUCAGCUGGUGGGAUCCCAAGAUGCUUGCUCCCCUCUAGAGGCACCCGAAUCUCUCAUGUUAAAGAUUUGUGCCAAUAGCAGCAGACCAGCACGAUGGGAUACUAAGCUUGGAUUUUUCAGGGAUCCACGGCCGUUCCUGCUGCCUCUCUCCUAUUUGUACAGCAAUGGAGGGCCUGUUGGAUGUGUGGAUAUUGUCAUACUGAGAAGCUACCCCAUACAAUGGAUGGAGAGGAAACCAGAUGGUGGCAUUGUGUUCCGUUCUGUCCGUGCAGAAGAGAAGGAGGCGAGACGCUACAACAGCCAGAAGCAAAAGGCUAUGGAGAUUGUUUUUGCAAAGAUUCAAGUAGAAUUUGAGAAGGAAGAAAAAGGUAAUAACAAACCUCAACGCAGAAGACGGACAAUCAGUCGUCACGAUAUUGCAAGUCUGCAAGAUGGAGAAGAGCUGUAUGAAGCAGUGAGGGAUGAUCCAGCUUACCUUGAGGCUCAUUUGAGUGAACAACAGUUGGAGACUCUACACACCUACAGACGCUCUCUGAUUGAGAAGAAGCAGGCUGAACUGCAGGACCGGUACCGUCGUGCUCUAGAAAAUUCAGAGGAAAAUGAGGGGACCUGUCCCAAACGUGACGUUACUCCUGUUUGGAGACUCUGCAUUGCUGACUCUACGAAUCAAAGCAGCAGCGUUUACCAGCUGAACAUGUGGCGACCGUCUUCAGACCUUCAGUCUUUUUUAAAGGAAGGCUGUCGAUACAAAGUCUAUAACCUCACCACUUCAGAUGGAAAAAAGCGCAGUGGUAUUGAAACUGUUCAGUUCACCGGGAACAAGAAAACACAGUUUCAGGACAUACAGGCUUCAGAGGAAUGGUUAUCAACACACUUUCAACCAAGGGUGUCUGCAAAUUUUGUGGAUCUCCAAAACCCAGAAUUCCAGCCACUCUGUGGCGAGGUUGACCUCACAGGAUAUGUCAUCAGUAUCACUGAUGGUCAAGGUUCCUCUCCUGCAUUUUAUCUGGUCGAUGGGAAACUGAACUUCGUUAGAGUGCGUUGUUUCAGCAGCUUGGCUCAGUCUGGUGUGGAAGAUGUGGUGAAACCACGUGAGCUGUUAGCUCUUAGCAACCUUCAGCUGAGAGGUCAGUCUACAUCUCCCACUCCUGUUGUGUAUGCUGGAGAUCUCACCGUCUUCUCAACAAACCCCAAGGAAACACAUCUACAGGAAUCCCUCUGUCAACUAAGAAACCUGGUCCAGGGUCAGAAGAACUUCUUUCUUACUGCUGAGGAGAAGCUUUCACAUUUAAUCAGAUCUGUUGGCAUGAGCUCCAUCUCCUCUCCAGCUCUGCAACCAAGGACCCCAGCAGUACUGCAGCAGACUACAACAGACAAAAUACAAAACACAAAGACAAGUCCAAUCCGAAGCCUUGGAUCCUUCACACCUGUGAGCAGGAACCCUCCUCUGGGAAACGGUUCAACAGAGAAAGACCCGAAAAGCCUGAAGAGGAGGAGAGCUCUGGACCAUCUGUCUCGUAUCCCAUCACCACCACCUGUGCUCAAUCUGAGCUCAGUGGCUUCACCAUGUGUAAAUAAGACAUUCAAUCCCCCUCGGAGGUCUGGGACACCUAGCACUUUAAAAACUGUACAGACUCCAGCUCCCAAACCUGUUGUUUUGCCGGUGGAGGAUGAAUGGGUGAACGAUGAGGAGCUGGCUAUGAUUGAUACUCAGGCAUUACAUGUUGGUACAUAGACUGUAUGAUGAUAAGUGCACUACAACUUUUAAAAAAACUGUACAAAUGUGUGAAUGUAAAGGUUAUAUUCUGUGGUUGUUUGGUAGUUUCA